CCUCUUCGGCAAUGUGCAUAGACUAAAUGAAAUCCAGACAUGUCACCACCACUACGGUAUCAAGUAAUCGCUCUGCAUCCCCCCUCGCACUUCUCAUUUCCAUCCCUAGGGCUCGUUUGAACGGACCAGUUUCCCUCCAGCAAAACGCAUAUAAGGAGGGCAUGUUCCCCAGGGUGCAGAGAAGUCAACCUGACUCCAAAUUACUCCCACAUAUCCCUCGAUCAAGUGCAUUUGCUCUACUCUUCACUAAAAGUUUCUUUUGCCCCUACAAGCUAUCAUGCGCGUCUUCGUCACUGGUGCCUCCGGCCUCAUCGGGAAAGCAGUCACCAAAGAACUUCUCAAGGGAGGACACACUGUCUUGGGGCUUGCUCGCUCCGAAAAGGCAGCAGAGGAGCUGACUGCCCUUGGAGCCGACGUGCAGAGGGGCUCCCUUCAUGACCUAGAUGUCCUGAAGGAGGGGGCCGCUGCGUCGGGUGGCGUAAUCCACCUGGCAUUCGAUUUCGCUCACGGUUUCGCCAACUUCGCGCAGAGCUGUCAAACCGACCAGGCAGCCAUUCGGGCCAUGGCAGAUGCACUCGCCGGGUCGAACUGUCCUCUGAUCAUCACCUCUGUGACGAUGGUUCUCCCUCAUGGCCGUGUCGGGAAUGAAGACGACUCCCACGACACCUCAUCGCCUAUGACCGCUCUUCGUGGGGAGUCGGAGGUAUUGGCUAAGGGUCUUGCUUCCAAAGGUGUCCGUACGGCGGUCAUGCGGCUGCCACCAACCUGCCAUGGCGACGGUGACGACCACAUGUUCAUGUCUACCCUGAUUGCCACUGCACGUGAGAAAGGCGCUUCCGUGUACGUCGGCGAUGGCCUCAACCACUGGCCAGCGGUCCACUAUCUGGAUGCGGCCGUUGCCUAUCGACUGGCUCUGGAAAAGACGAGCGCUGGUUCGACAUUCCACAUCGUCGCGGAGGAGGGUAUCGAGGUGAAGGACAUUGCGCAAACGAUUGGGGAAAAUCUUGGCCUCCCGAUCGAGUCGAAGUCUAUGGAAGAGGCCCAGAGGCAUUUCGGCCCGUUUGCUUCAAUUAUUGGUGCUGAUGGUCCUGUCUCGAACAGAAAGACUCGAGAAGAACUGGGCUGGAAUCCUCAGCAAUGCACGCUUCUUGCCGAUCUUCAAGAUGGAAAAUACUUCAAGACUUAAUCCGUCUGGCAGAAGAAUGGGGUUUCGAAAGCAAUGGUGAAGUGAAGA